UUGAACUCCUGGCGCCAUCUGGUGGUCAGAACGUUCCACAGCAGCCGUUUAGCACCGUUGUAGAUGGUUCUGUUGGUAAUAACAUCUAGAGCUCACACACAUCGGUUCGGUCUGGUGACUUCUUGUCGUCCUGGUAUCUCGUUUGCAGGAAUCCCGCGUUCAUUUUAUUAACCAAUCAGGGAGUCUGCAGCCAGGAAGCGUCAAAACUACACUUCCCACAAUGCCUGUGGGCUCACUAAAGCAGCUGUAUAAAGUGGGCGGAGUAGUGACAGGAGGUUUGCGCUGUGUGUCGGUCCAUUGGUGUCUACAUGAUGUAUCUGCGCAGAGUUCUGCUAGGAGGAUCCGCUGCCACCGCCGCAAUCUUCGCCGCCGUAGCAGUUGGUAAAAACGGAGGAGACUCUACUUUACCGGCGCCGGCAACACCCGGGCAAUGGAAUCGAAACUGGGAUCGUCGAGAACCAAUGUCUCUGGUGAAUUUGAGCAAGAUCAAUGGGGAGACUGGAGAGGAGGAGCUCAAUGUACAACUGAAUAAGCACAAGGCAAAAGCCACUCGCCACAUCUUUCUUAUAAGGCAUUCACAAUACAAACUGGAUGGCAAGACUGAUGUGGACCGGGUCCUUACCUCCCUUGGUCGUGAACAGGCUGAGCUAACUGGGCAACGGCUGGCAAGUCUGGGACUGAAGUAUAGUCAGAUUGUUCAUUCAUCUAUGACAAGAGCCAAAGAGACAACAGAAAUUAUCAGUAAAUUCCUGCCAGGUGUGAAAAAAAUUAGCUCAGACUUACUUCGGGAGGGAGCACCCAUUCGACCAGAUCCCCCUGUCUGUCACUGGAAACCAGAUGUUGAGCAGUAUUAUGAAGAUGGACCCCGUAUUGAGGCCGCUUUCAGAAAUUACUUACACCGAGCAGAACCAAAGCAAGAGGAGGAUAGCUACGAAAUAAUUAUUUGCCAUGCCAAUGUCAUACGCUACAUAGUGUGCAGGGCCUUACAGCUACCCCCUGAAGCCUGGCUUCGCAUGUCUCUGAACAACGGCAGCAUUACAUAUUUGGUAAUCCGUCCCAAUGGCAAUGUUUCCUUGAGGAUGCUUGGUGACUCUGGUUUUAUGCCCCCAGAAAAACUCAGCCGAACAUAAGAAUGACUGCUUGCUGCAGUCUCCAGCUUUUCACUGCCUCCUCUGAAGAUACCCCGAUGAGAUCUAAUGCUGCAGAAUUUCUAACCAGCAACCCAGUCGCUAUGCCUUCAUCAGGGAUUGACUAGUAGAUAAUAUAAAUAUAUAAUCAAUAUUUUUUUUUUUUUCUUCUCCCUGGGCAAUCCUGCAGUUGCAAGAUGUGGGGAAAAAAACAUCAGUUAGUUUUUAGAUGUCUAACUUUGUUAUAGAAGCUAGGGAUGAGGGAAGUUACAGUGAUUUGAUUUGUCAAACUUCUCGGCUCAGCAGUUGCUGACUUACCUGCAUAAAUUAGUUCAGCUUUCAGGUGCUCCCAUGGGCUGGAGACUCUUUCCUAGAACUGUAUUCACCUUUUGCUAGCCCACCGGAGCACCUGAAAAAGCUGAACUAAUUUAUGCAGGAUAAAGUCAGGAACUGGCAAGCCGAGAAGAUCUUGAUGAAUCGAAUCACUGUAACUUCGCUCAUCUCUAAUAGAAGCCCCAGUUAAAUCAGAAAACCAGUAUGAAUUGUAUGGGAUGGAUAAAAAGAGAUGAAUGUCCCAUUUUUAACAGUAAACGUGCACUUCUUUUAACAGUUUUUAAGCCAUAAAACUUUUUGCUUGGUAUGAAAUGUUUACACAUGCAGUUUUAUUUUAUUUUAAUUUUUUUUUUUGUACAUACAGGGAAUUUUUCUGUACUUUUUACAGUAGAAAGCACAAACUUCAAAUGUGAACCUACCUGCAUAAAAUGCUCGUCAUCUCUACCAUUGUGCCAUUUAGCAUUUUCCCUCCUGUUUCUGGUUCCACACUAU